ACUCCUCCCACAAACCGUUCAUCGCUUGUAAGUUGGCUGAAGGAGUGUAUCUGGCGGCACCAGAAAUGGAAUCUGAAGAUCUCUUCACUUGUCCAGGGAAAGUUUAUGAAGAUGGAAAAAGCUCAUUCUCCCCAAGAUUUGAGCUCAUAUUCUUGGCAGCCAUUUUUAUGCUAAUGAUUCCUCAUACAGUUGCGUAUGAUCCUCUAGAUCCGAACGGCAACAUAACGAUCAAAUGGGACGUAAUCUCCUGGACUGCGGAUGGCUAUGUGGCUGCUGUCACAAUGAGUAACUUCCAAAUGUACCGGCAAAUCACGACUCCGGGUUGGACACUGGGAUGGAACUGGGCAAAGAAGGAAGUGAUAUGGUCAAUGGUCGGAGCACAAACUACAGAACAAGGAGAUUGCUCCAAGUUCAAGGGUAAUGUACCGCAUUGCUGUAAGAAAGACCCGAUAGUUCUUGACUUUCUCCCCGGAGUCCCCUACAACCAGCAGUUCACCAACUGCUGCAAAGGUGGCAUCCUUGCGUCGUGGGGCCAGGACCCGGCCGCCUCAGUCUCUGCCUUCCAGGUCAGUGUCGGGCUAGCCGGCACCUCCAAUAAGACGGUCAAACUCCCCAAGAACUUCACUCUGCUUGGCCCGGGACCGGGAUACACUUGCGGGCCCGCGAAAGUCGUGCCCUCGACGGUGUACUUCACAGCUGACCGGAGGAGGAAGACUCAAGCUUUGAUGACUUGGAAUGUCACCUGCACUUACUCACAGUUCUUGGUUUCUAAGAACCCGAGCUGCUGCGUUUCGUUCUCAUCUUUCUACAACGACUCGAUCACGCCUUGCCCGUCUUGUGCUUGUGGUUGCCACAACAAGAAAAACUGCAUCGCGAGUGACUCCAAGCUACUCCACAAAGCAGGAAUAAACACACCGAGGAAGGACAAUGCGCCGCUCCUGCAGUGCACGCAUCACAUGUGCCCCGUAAGGGUUCACUGGCAUGUGAAGCUCAACUACAAGGACUAUUGGCGCGUAAAGAUCGCCGUCACAAACUUCAACUACAGACUGAACUACACCCAGUGGACGCUAGUCGCACAGCACCCUAAUCUCAACAGCAUCACCCAAGUCUUCAGCUUCGACUACAAGCCUCUCAUCCCGUACCAAUCGAUAAACGACACGGGAAUGUUCUAUGGAAUGAAGUUCUACAACGAUCUACUGAUGGAAGCAGGGCCACAAGGAAAUGUACAGUCCGAAGUGCUACUUCAGAAAGACAAGAACACAUUUACAUUGAAACAAGGAUGGGCAUUUCCAAAAAAAGUAUACUUCAAUGGAGAUGAAUGUAUGCUUCCCCCACCUGAUAAAUACCCAUUUCUACCGAACUCUGCCCAAGUGAACCUAGUAGCCUUGUCAACAUUCAUGACCUCCAUGGCUAUGUCGAUACUGCUCAUUCAGAAAUCUCCCUAGAA